AUGACUGAAGGCGCGAGUGGCAGCAAUGAAUCCCAAAUCAAAGCAACACUCUCGCCCGAGCUUGGCUUCGGAACCUCUCCUUCCCAGAGCCCCGAUCUGUCGAUACGAAUACCAAAGAAUAAAAGCACCGGCAAUCUUCUCGCGGUGAGAGACGUCGUGUCUGCUGGCCCAGAGAGGACCAGAUUCUCUUUCGACGCCGGGUCGACCCAAGACGUAAGGAAUCAGAAGAGACCGUUACGACCCGAGAAUGACCUUGGCCUGGGAAUGUCAGGUCUUCGCCGCAUCAGACGUCCUCCAGUGCCCUCGAGGACCCCUUCGUUAAUCGUCGAAGACGUUGAUACGGACUGGACUGCGCCUGCGUUGCAGUAUGCAUCUACCCUGCCUGUCUCACGCUCCUCCUCGAGGUCGAUGUCACGCUCCGCCUCCUUCGGAUAUCUUGCCAGCGGGCCCAGCUCGCCUGUCCUCGAGGACCUACACCGGUUCCCCGCCGAAUCACUGCAUUCGUUUUCGUUCAGCAAGCAAUCAGAAGAUUACCUGCACAGUCGUCAGACUAUAAUACAGAAGGCCGGUGAUUUUGUCAGAGACCGCUCAGCAUGGGUCGCCAAUCCAGCCCUCGCAGAUGCGCGUGCACGCGUCAGUGGAGACGUCGAAAUCCAAGGCAUGAUGGAUUUGCUGAAGAAGGCAAACAUUAUACCAGCAGACAAAAGGGAAAAUCAUGGCUUGGGUUUGGGGCCGAUGACUGGACCCGCUGACGUCGACCGCAAUAUCUUUGACAGGAGUUUCAGUCAGAGUCUUGAGUCUGUAGAAGAGGGCGUUGCUGUCCUCAGCCCACUGCCCCGGUCGCCUCAACAGAGCCCGCCUCCACCUCCACCGACAGACACGACGCAGGUGAGGCCACCUCUUGAAAGAACGGCCAGUAACGAAGAGCUUUCGCCGACAGCACCCAGAAGAAUUGGUCUUAAGAGGACUUACACUGAUCUGAAUGCCAUGUCUUUGCAACAGCGACUCAUCGAUGCUCUUGCACAGCCUUACUCGAGCGAAGAGCACAUUGGAUCGAAACCGAAGUUGAUGCAUGCCGCGACUGCUGCAGUGGCGCCUUCGACGGCUGCAUCGGCCGUUCACACCCACAGCAGCAAAUACACUCCAGCUGCGCAGGCGGUCUUUCGGACCGGCGGUGAAGCGCCUUGGACGAUAUUGGCAGCAAACGAUCUCGCUUGCCUCAUUUUUGGUGUGACUCGUGCAGAAGUCAGGUCACUAAGCAUAUUGGGUAUCAUCCAGGAAGACCGAAGAGCUUGGCUCGAAGAGAAGCUCGGUAAGCCAACUCCAGAGCCUGAAAUUCAAGUGCAGCAGUCGACACAGGCAACGGCUGCUAAGUCAUCACUACUAGGAGCAAAGUCAGGCAUCACGGCCCGACUACUCAGCAAAGCACCAUCAAGAGUCACAAAGCCUGCCAAGCGGGCGCAAACAGAUGACGGCUCAGGUGGGUACUACCGGCAAACAAGCAAGAACCACCCUCCGACGAAGUCAAGAGGCGUGCUUCUUUGCGGAGAUGUCAUACCCAUACAAAGACGGAACGGUUCUGUUGGCUCAGCCAGUUUCUGGGUCAUGGAAAAGAAAGGGGGUCUUAUUUGGGUUAUCGAAGAGAUUCGAGAAGAUGUUGCGCAUCUUUCGCUCGACUCUGAGCAGCGUGUGACUGUGGCUUCGGGCGCGUGCGAAGCCAUUUGGGGAACUUCAGUGCCAGAAGGCACCCUUGUGAAGUCGUUGAUACCCACAAUCCCGGACGAGAUGUCGUUCUUCGAAAGGCGGACACCAAGCGGGCAGGCAGCAGUGGGCCACUUCACAGCGCGGACAGCCAACGGCGUCAAUAUACCGACAACCAUAACCAAAGUCCUCGGCAAAAGUGAAUUCCGGGUCUCGAGUCUGCCACACAUUGCAGGAAUGAUGGUCCUCGAUCCUGAAACACUGAACAUCAAGAGCUCCAACUCGGUAUUUUCAGCUUCAUUGUUUGGAUAUGAGCAUCCUGGAGGACUAUCUAUGGCGACACUUGUCCCACGCUUCCAGGAUAUAUUGGAUGUCCUCACCGAAGAGAACGGAGUUGACUUGGCUGACGGUCUCGUGGUUCCAGAGCACAGCUUCAGAAGAGCGUAUUCACUCUUGUCGCUACGUGACGGAGCUGAUAAUGCAGCUAAUGUGUUCUUAAGACCAUCUGGUCUGCCGGCUAAGCAUCGCGACGGCACGGACAUCAUGGUUGAUAUUCAAAUGAGGGUGGUCCGAAGCGAAACAGUCUUCCCAGUAUCGGACCAGGUAAUCAAGGAGCAGCCCGACGCAGAAGAGCAGGAGGAGGUAGCCGGAGUCGGGGUCGUGGAACUGGUCUUCGCUCUUUGGAUCACCUACUCACGUCAGCUUCACGCUGCUGGUCAAGCAUCAACAGACGAGUCGCGCCCCUUUACGCCGCCUCACCAAGUAGGGCCAGACCCAGCUCAUCAUCUGCCGUCGCCACCACCGCGAGCCUCGUCGGAAGACACUGUCCCAACUAGCAAAUCCGCCGACAGCUCACAGAUGUCACUACUCUCUCCCACCACCACACUCGAGGACUCCGAGCCUCUAGAGCAUCCUCCGCCCAACAUCGCUUACGUUCCACAUGACAAGAAGACCAUCGCAGACUUCACGAUACUCGAAGAAAUGGGCAGUGGUGCCUACGGUCAAGUCAAGCUCGGAAGGUACAGGAAAGGUCGCUCCCGAAAGGUCGUCCUCAAGUACGUCACCAAGUCUCGCAUCCUUGUAGACACCUGGACUCGCGACCGUCGCUUGGGCACUGUCCCGCUCGAGAUUCAUGUAAUGGACUACCUUCGCCGCGACGGCUUUCGGCAUCCCAAUAUUGUUGAAAUGAUCGAUUUCUUCGAGGACAACGUCAAUUACUACAUUGAAAUGCUGCCACAUGGCAUUCCUGGAAUGGACUUGUUCGACUAUAUCGAGCUACGCAGCGAUAUGGCCGAAGACGAAUGCCGCAGUAUCUUCCGACAGGUCGCAAGUGCGAUUCACCACUUGCAUAUCAAGGCUGCCGUCGUUCACAGGGACAUCAAAGACGAGAAUGUGGUUUUGGACGGGGAGGGCAAGAUCAAGCUGAUUGACUUCGGCAGUGCAGCGUACCUGAAGAAUGGACCUUUUGAUGUCUUCGUGGGAACCAUCGACUACGCAGCCCCCGAAGUUCUUCAAGGUAAGGCAUAUGGUGGCAAAGAGCAAGACGUCUGGGCAAUGGGGAUUCUCUUGUACACGAUUGUGUACAAGGAGAAUCCGUUCUACAACAUUGACGAGAUCCUCGAUCAUCCUCUCAGAAUACCCUACAACCCGUACUCGGACGAGUGCCUGGACCUAAUUCAGAAAAUGCUGGAUCGUGAUGUCGACGAGAGAAUCGACAUCGAGGGGGUUGUGGCGCACCCUUGGCUGGCUGUUGAGAGCUGA